UUUCAUCUGCUCUGUUUUGCUGUGUUUUCGUCAUUAUAGCAGUGGAUUACUUGAUGUGUAGUUUGAUGUCGUUGAUUUAGUCUGUGGAUCAAUAAGUGCAUCCAGCUGGACUGUAGUUCUGUGUGCUUUAAUAGUAUUAGCAUUUGAUUUUAUAUUGUGUUCAGUGUUUAAUGACUAAAGCAAUUCAUUACAACUAACGAUCAAUAAAUGCUGAUUAAUCAGCUGAUGUUGAGGGCAGCAGCACACUGCGGGAGAUGGACAGCUGUCAAUCAAAUCAUCCGGACGAACUCAGGUAUGGCUGAGUUUCGUGAGAUCUUCUCAAAGGCCCGACACAUUGCCAUCAUCACAGGAGCAGGAGUCAGUGCGGAGAGCGGCGUACCCACCAUCAGAGGAGCCGAGGGACGCUGGAGGACCUGGAAAACACAGGAUCUGGCGACGCCGGAGUGCUUCUCUCGUCACCCCAGCCGCGUCUGGGAGUUCUACCAGUACCGCCGAGAGCUGACCCUGAACGCCCCGCCGAGCGCCGCGCACAGAGCCAUCGCCGAGUGUGAGGCGCGUCUCAGCAGACAGGGCCGCUCGCUGGUGGUGAUCACGCAGAACAUCGACGAGCUGCACCAGCGCGCCGGAUCCAGACACGUGCUGGAGGUCCACGGAAAUCUGUUUCAGACCAGAUGUUUGAGCUGUGGAGAUGUGGAGAUCAAUCACAAAAGCCCCAUCUGUCCAUCACUGGAGGGCAAAGGAUCACCUGAUCCUGACGCACCUGACGCGCUCAUACCUGUCAAAGACCUGCCCAGGUGUGAUGAGAAGGGCUGUGAUGGGCUGCUGCGGCCGCAUGUCGUCUGGUUUGGAGAGACUCUGGACUCUCAGAUCCUCACUAAAGUGGAGAAGGAGCUGGAGACGUGUGACCUCUGUCUGGUGGUCGGCACGUCCUCCGUCGUUUACCCAGCAGCCAUGUUUGGUCCUCAGGUGGCGGCCCGCGGCGUUCCAGUGGCCGAGUUCAACACUAAGACCACAGCAAACACACCGCGCUUCAAGUUUCAUUUCCCGGGCCGCUGUGCAGAGACUCUUCCUGCGGCUCUGGCCCGACACGAGUCUGAAAUCAUCUGACGCUCAGAGCCCUGGAUCAACUGCAGCUGAACCUGAAUUAAAACCGUGCGUACAAUAGUAGAACAAAUUCAUUCCUCUGCUUUUGAAAUAUGAAUUGCUGUAUAUAAACUGGAAAUGGGCCAAAGUAUAAUCACACAGACGCUGAUGUUGCUGGAGUGUAUAGUUGUGCUGUUGACAGUUUUCCGUGUGCCUUAACUUUCUCAAAGAGUUCCAUACAUAAAUCUCUGCCAGUGCAUGUUCCUUCAGCUCAUCUGCUUGAUUAGUGUGGGAUAAAGCAACAUGAUAUCCCAGUUUACAAAGAGAAGUGCCUGCCGUGUGUUCAUGUGUGUUUCAUCUUUCCUCUGACGCUCUGCUAGAGGGCCAGCAGUGACCUCCAGCAGCGUUUGCCUUCAUAUCAGUCCAUCAGUUUCAGCAUUACAUACUAAUGAAUAAAAGCGUUUCUCACA